AUGUUUUUCGAAGGUCAAAAGAAGCCAAUGUUUCUACUGCAAGCUACACUGAUGAUACCAAAUGUGUCAGUCAAACCAACAUUAGAAGAAAUUCAAGAAAUGUUAGUACUGGCUGGAAAACACAUAUCCGGCUUAUCAAAAGGCGUCUCGCAAUGGAGUGGGGGAAAAACAUCUAGGGUGAGUUGGAAGAAACUCGCGGGCAACCCAUCGAGCCAGUUACUCGGAGUAGUUACCAAGCUUGACGAACAGGUCCAAUCAGUAAACAACAUGGCGACAAAAUCUUUGAGACUGGGAGAAGCAGCAAAAUUGAAAAAGAAGAAAUACUACAGAUUGGAAUCAGAGGAAAAACCGGUGUUUCCGUUGCAACAGAAAAACUUCUACAGCCAUGUUAUGGAGAACAAAGAGAUUGUUAAAACUUUGUCAUUAUUAUCAUUGUGUACGCAAAAUGUUAAGAUUGAACUAAAUGCACUUGUGAAACGCUGGAGACCAUAUCACUAUUUAUGGAAAUGUGAGAAAACACUACGACAAUUAUUAACAUGGACAUUAAAUGAUUUUGAAGUUGCUUUGAAAAGACACAGUGAAUUAGAAGCAAAGCUUUACACGGAGCCUGAUGUGUUGAUCAUAGGAAACUGCUUGGCAGUGUCAACAGAGAAGUUAAAGUUAGGUUUGAAUACAGAACUUAAAAAUGGUACAUUCAGAAUAAGUCAAGCGAUGCGUAAGAAGUACAAACGCGAAAUGGACUACGUUUACGCGAUUAUGAACGAUUUGGAACGCAAGCUGGAGAGACCAAUAAGGGAUUUAGACGACGUUAGAACUGUUAUGGAAACCCUGAAGAAAAUCAGAGAACAAGAAGUUGAUAUGGAACUCAAGAUAGAUCCGGUUGAGGAAGCGUUCAACGUAAUCACUCGUUACGAGCUCCCAGUAAGCAAAGAGGAUAUGGAGCAAGUUGACAACCUUCGGUACACCUGGCAACAGUUGCAAGCAACGGCCCUCGCUUCCCACGUGCAACUACUCAAGAUGCAGCCACAGUUCGAAGACGACCUUAAGAACAACCUGGACAGAUUCCGCGACGAUAACACUGAUUACUGCUACGAGUACCGACAUGCUGGUCCAAUGCAGCCAGGCUUGAGUCCUCGUGAGGCCUCCGACCGGUUGAUAUUAUUCCAGAAUCGAUUUGAUGGUAUGUGGAGAAAACUACAGACGUAUCAAAACGGAGAAGAAUUAUUUGGCUUGCCUCAUACUGAGUAUCCAGAACUAGCGCAAAUCAGAAAGGAAUUAAAUUUACUUCAAAAACUAUACAAGCUGUAUAAUGACGUGAUAGAUAGAGUGAGCAGUUACUAUGACAUACCUUGGGGUGAGGUAAAUAUUGAAGAAAUUAACAAUGAACUCAUGGAGUUUCAAAACAGAUGUAGGAAAUUACCUAAAGGAUUAAAGGAAUGGCCAGCAUUCUACGCGUUGAAGAAAACAAUUGAUGAUUUCAACGACAUGUGCCCUCUUCUCGAGUUGAUGGCAAAUAAAGCGAUGAAGCCGCGUCACUGGCAGCGAAUCAUGGAAGUCACGAAAUAUAAUUUUGAACUCGACAACGAAGACUUUUGCCUGAAAAACAUUUUAGAAGCACCACUUCUUCAAAACAAAGAAGAUAUCGAGGAUAUUUGUAUAUCAGCAAUGAAGGAAAAGGAUAUCGAAGCAAAAUUACGUCAAGUAACAAAUGAGUGGUCCGUGCACGAACUCACUUUCCAAACAUUUAAUAACCGCGGCGAGCUGCUUCUUCGUGGCGACACCACAGCCGAGACGAUUGGCCAGCUUGAAGAUAGUCUUAUGAUCUUAGGAUCCCUUUUAUCUAACAGAUACAACGCACCGUUUAGGAAGCAGAUACAACAGUGGCUCUUUGAUUUGCAGAGCACAAAUGAAAUCCUUGAACGAUGGCUGCUCGUCCAAAAUAUGUGGGUGUACCUAGAAGCAGUCUUUGUUGGAGGCGAUAUUGCGAAACAACUUCCAACAGAAGCCAAGCGAUUCUCUAAAAUUGACAAAUCCUGGCAAAAGAUUAUGCAACGAGCUCACGAGACUCCAGGCGUUGUUUCCUGCUGUGUUGGAGACGAUCUUUUGAGACAACUAUUGCCUCAUCUGCAGGAGCAGUUGGAACUUUGCCAAAAGAGUUUAAGUGGUUAUUUGGAAAAGAAGAGGACUAUGUUUCCAAGAUUCUUUUUUGUGUCUGAUCCAGCGCUGCUUGAGAUUCUGGGUCAGGCAUCAGAUUCUCAUACGAUACAAAAUCAUUUACUAUCAAUAUUUGACAAUAUAAGAUAUGUGAAAUUUCAUGAUAUAGAGUAUAAUAAAAUGAUAGCAAUCGUAUCAUCUGAAGGAGAAGAGAUCAAACUCGAGAGACCAGUACGAGCAGAGGGUUCUGUGGAAACUUGGCUCACCUCCCUAUUACAAUCUGCUCAAAGUAGCUUACACUCGAUCAUACGAAAUGCAGUGUCAGUUCUCAAUGAUCCCACUUUCAACUUAUUACUGUUCCUCGAUAAAAUGCCAGCGCAGGUUGGACUUCUAGGAAUACAAAUAAUUUGGACCCGAGACGCAGAACUAGCUCUGAUGCAAGCUCGCCAAGAUAAAAAGAUAAUGAUGGAAACUAAUAACAAGUUUUUGGAACUUCUAAACACACUCAUAGACCAAACGACAAGAGACCUGCAGAAAAUUGAACGCAUCAAAUUCGAAACCCUGAUCACUAUUCACGUACACCAAAGAGAUAUUUUUGAUAUGUUGUGCCGUCUCAACGUGCGAUCAGCGAACGACUUCGAGUGGCUCAAGCAGUGUCGCUUCUAUUUUAAGGAGGACGCAGACAAGACAUGGAUAUCGGUAACUGACGUCACUUUCGCUUACCAAAAUGAAUAUUUGGGCUGCACCGAAAGACUUGUCAUCACACCAUUAACAGAUCGAUGCUACAUAACAUUAGCUCAAGCUUUGGCAAUGAGCAUGGGUGGAGCACCAUGCGGUCCUGCUGGCACAGGGAAAACGGAGACUGUCAAAGAUAUGGGCAAAACCUUGGCGAAAUAUGUCGUCGUCUUCAACUGUUCUGAUCAAAUGGAUUAUAGGGGUCUCGGGCGUAUUUAUAAAGGUUUGGCGCAAUCAGGCUCUUGGGGUUGUUUUGAUGAGUUCAAUCGUAUCGAACUGCCUGUACUAUCAGUUGCCGCGCAGCAAGUCGCCGUCGUGCUGGCAGCUAAGAAAGAAAAGAAGAAGUCCUUUUUAUUCACAGAUGGAGAUAUGUCCGACAUGUGCCCAGAAUUUGGGAUAUUUAUUACAAUGAACCCCGGCUACGCUGGACGUAAAGAGCUCCCGGAAAAUCUGAAGAUCCAAUUCCGUACAGUAGCUAUGAUGGUUCCCGACAGACAAAUUAUCAUCAGGGUAAAGUUGGCUUCGUGCGGCUUUCUUGAGAAUAUCACGCUUGCUCGAAAGUUUUACACGCUAUACAAAUUGUGUGAGGAACAGUUAACGAAACAGGUUCAUUAUGAUUUCGGUCUUAGAAACAUUCUAUCAGUUUUGAGAACUUUGGGUGCUGUAAAGAGAGUUAAUUCAAAAGACAAUGAAAGUACAAUCGUAAUGCGAGUCUUGCGAGAUAUGAAUUUAUCAAAAUUAAUAGACGAGGACGAGCCACUGUUUAUAUCUUUAGUAGCUGAUCUAUUUCCUAAUCAAGUAUUGGAAAAAACUACAUACCCCGAACUGGAAGACGCAAUUAAAAAACAAGUUGAUCAAGCAGGUUUAAUCUAUCAUCCACCAUGGGUAUUGAAGAUUAUACAGCUUUACGAGACGCAAAGAGUGCGACAUGGAAUUAUGAUCCUGGGUCCACCUGGAGCAGGGAAGACAACCUGUAUACAUACCUUGAUGACUGCUUUAUCUAACAUUGAAAACCCCCACAAAGAAAUGCGCAUGAAUCCCAAAGCCAUAACCGCAGCACAAAUGUUUGGACGUCUAGAUGUUGCUACAAACGAUUGGACCGACGGUAUAUUUUCCGCUUUAUGGCGGAAAACGUUAAAAAUUAAAACAGGUGAACACAUUUGGUUAGUGCUGGACGGUCCCGUAGACAGCAUAUGGAUUGAAAACUUGAAUUCAGUGCUCGAUGAUAAUAAAACACUAACAUUGGCCAACGGUGAUCGGUUGACAAUGUCUCCAACUUCAAAAAUAAUAUUCGAACCAGAAAAUAUCGAUAAUGCCUCUCCUGCGACAGUAUCUCGUAACGGAAUGGUGUAUAUGAGCUCUUCGGGUUUGGAUUGGGAGCCAGUCCUUAGUGCGUGGCUAAUGACAAGAUCUCAGAGGGAAAUAGAAGUCUUCAGUGCUUUGUUUGAACAGACUUUCCUUAGUACUUACACAUGGUGCACUCAGAACCUAACCUUCAGUAUGCGAGUUCUUCAAAGCAACAUAGUAUUUCAAAUGCUUAAUAUAUUAGAAGGUUUAGUACCUCCACAAAUCGUAGAGGAAGAAGAACCUUCAGGAAAUAAAUCGGUAAAUGGAGACUUAGAUGACGAAGAAGAAAAGGAAAAGAUAGAAGAAAUUAUUCUCUUUACUCAUGAACACUUACACAAAAUUUAUAUUUUUGCAUUAACUUGGGGAUUUGGAUCACUUCUUGAAACCAAAGAUAGAAUUAGAUUUGAUAAGCAUAUAAAGACAUCUUUCGUGGAUAUUUUGGAACUACCCAAACACCCAAAUAACAAACCAAGCAUUAUUUUUGACUUUUAUGUGAAACAUCCUGGCAAAUGGGAGUUAUGGGAUGAUUUGAUGACCAACUAUCAAUACCCUGAUACCGCGACACCUGAUUACUCUAGUAUACUAGUACCAAUCGUAGAUAACGUCAGAAUUAAUUAUCUUAUACAUUGUAUUGCAAAACAAGGUAAAGCAGUACUCCUGUUAGGCGAACAAGGUUCGGCAAAAACGGUUAUGAUGAAAGCCUAUAUGAAAAAUGCUAACCCAGAGCAGUUCAUGGGUCGUUCAUUUAAUUUUUCUUCUGCUACUAGUCCUUACCAAUUCCAAAAAACUAUAGAAAGUUACGUCGAAAAACGUAGUGGUAUGACUUUUGGUCCACCGGGUGGUAAAAAAAUGUUAGUGUUUAUAGAUGACAUAAACCUUCCACAAAUAAAUGAAUGGGGUGAUCAAAUAACAAAUGAAAUUGUUAGACAAACAAUGAGCAUGGGUGGAUUUUAUAGUUUGGAAAAACCUGGAGAUUUUACUACAAUUGUCGAUAUUCAAUUCCUAGGUGCUAUGGGACAACCAGGUGGAGGACGGAAUGAUAUUCCUUCUCGAUUGAAGAGACAAUUUUCUAUAUUUAAUUGCCCCUUGCCUAACAAUGAAUCGAUAGAUAAAAUCUUCAAGGUUAUAGGUGAAGGUCAUUAUAAUGUGAAACGUGGUUUUACUGCAGAAGUAAGAUCUCUUAUAAAACGAGUUAUACCUUUAACCAGAGAACUAUGGACACGAACACGCCAAAAACUAUUACCUACGCCAGCUAAGUUCCAUUAUGUAUUUUCUUUAAGAGAUCUAUCGAGGGUUUGGCAGGGUAUGGUAGGAACCUUGCCGACUGUAAUCGAAUCGGAAAAGUGUCUGAUGCUUUUAUGGAAACACGAAUGUUCCCGCGUAUUUUCAGACAGGUUUACACAUCAAGCUGAUAAAGAUUGGUUCAAUAAUGCUCUAUACGACAUAGCCACAGAACUAUUGGGUGUGGAAUACAAAAAAAUGAUGGAUAAAGAUCCUGUAUUUGUUGAUUUUAUGAGGGAUGCACCGGAACCAACUGGCGAAGAAGGUGAAGACGCUGAUAUGGAGUUACCAAAGGUUUAUGAGCCGGUAUUUGAUUUUAAUGAAUUACGGGACAGAUUAGAUAUGUUUCUUUCACAAUUCAAUGAAAUGGUCAGGGGCUCUGGAAUGGAUUUAGUAUUUUUCCCCGAUGCGAUGCUGCAUUUAGUAAAAAUAUCUCGAGUUAUAAGACACCCAAGAGGCAAUGUAAUGCUAGUGGGUGUUGGAGGGUCUGGAAAACAAUCGCUGACAAAACUGUCAACUUUUAUUGCUGGAUAUCGUUCCUUUCAAAUAGCUUUGACAAGAUCUUACAACGUUGGCAACUUUUUAGAAGACCUUAAGUUACUUUAUAGGUCGUGUGGUGUACAAGGUAAAGGAACUACAUUUAUAUUUACUGAUUUGGACAUUAAGGAAGAAGGCUUUUUGGAAUAUUUAAAUAACAUAUUAUCUUCUGGGGUCAUAUCUAACUUGUUUACCAAAGACGAACAGCAAGAAAUUAUCUCGGAACUAACGCCAAUCAUGAAAAGAGAAAAUCAGAAGCGAACUUUAACUAAUGAACUCGUAAUGGAAUAUUUUCUUAACAGAACCUGUCAAAAUCUUCACGUUGUUUUAUGUUUUUCGCCUGUUAGUGAAGCAUUUCGGUACCGAGCUUUAAGGUUCCCUGCUCUUAUAUCUGGUUGUACGAUAGACUGGUUUCAACCUUGGCCAAAAGAUGCUCUGGUGUCUGUUGCGGAUCAUUUUCUGGCUGAAUUUGAAAUAGAAUGCACAAAAGAAGUUAAAAAAGAACUCGUAACAGUCUUAGGGACAAUACAAGAUGUUGUAUCGAAAGUGUCUGCGGACUAUUUUCAAAGGUUCAGAAGAUCAUCUCAUGUUACACCGAAAUCAUAUUUAAGUUUCAUAGGAGGUUACAAAACUAUUUAUCAGAUGAAACAAAAGGAACUUGGUGACGGAGCACUGAGAAUGGAUACUGGUUUAGAAAAGCUUCGUGAAGCUUCUAUUUCUGUUGAAGUUUUAAAGAAAGAUUUAGCUGUUAUGGAACAAGACUUAGCUUUAGCAUCCGAAAAAGCUGAUCGAGUAUUGACGGAAGUCACUGAAAGAGCAAUGCAAGCAGAGAUAGUCAAAAAUCAAGUACAAAUAGUUAAAGAAAAGGCAGAAGCUUUAGUAGCUUACAUCGCUGAAGAAAAAGAGAAAGCUGAAAUUAAAUUGGAAGCAGCUAAGCCGGCCCUGGAAGAAGCCGAAGCUGCGCUUAAUACUAUAAAACCAGCACAUAUUGCCACUGUCAGGAAAUUGGGUCGUCCGCCGCAUCUAAUUAUGAGAAUUAUGGAUUGCGUCCUCAUUUUAUUUCAACGCAGAUUACACCCCUUAAUACCAGAUACUGCUGCACCUUGCCCUAAACCUUCUUGGGCCGAGUCACUGAAGAUGAUGGCGAGUACAACAUUCCUUCUACAAUUACAAAAUUAUCCUAAGGAUAUAAUCAAUAAUGAAAUGGUAGAACAUUUAGUUCCCUAUUUCGAAAUGGAAGACUAUAAUAUGGAUACAGCUAAACGUGUUUGCGGGGACGUUGCCGGUUUACUUUCCUGGACAAAAGCAAUGGCAUUCUUUCACAGUGUUAACAAAGAAGUCUUACCUCUGAAGGCAAAUCUUUUAUUGCAAGAAGCAAGACUGAAGGUUGCUAUGGAAGAUUUAGCGUCGGCAGAAAGACAACUAGAAGAGAGAGAAAUGUCGCUACGGAAAGUAAAAGAACAGUAUGAGUCAGCAGUAUCUGAGAAACAACAGUUAACAGACGCUGCCAAUGUUUGUCUAAGGAAAAUGACAGCUGCUACAGCCUUGAUAAAUGGCUUAGGAGGUGAAAAAAUAAGAUGGACCCAACAAAGUAAAGAUUUCAAAGAACAGUUGGGUAGGUUGGUUGGUGAUGUUGUACUGGCAACAGGCUUUUUAUCAUACUGUGGACCAUACAAUCAAGAAUUCAGAAAUAGCCUAUUUAACACCUGGAUGGGAAUACUACAAAGCAAAAAUAUACCAGUCACAGAUAAUUUGAACAUCACAAAUAUGUUGGUGGAAAGUGCCACUAUAUCUGAGUGGACGCUUCAAGGUCUGCCAAAUGAUGAACUUUCCGUUCAAAAUGCUUUAAUUGUCACAAAAUCUAGCUCAUAUCCGUUGUUAGUUGAUCCACAAAGCCAAGGUAAAAAUUGGAUUAAGAAUAAAGAAAGCACUAACGAACUUCAAAUUACUUCAUUAAAUCACAAGUAUUUCAGAACACACCUCGAAGAUAGUUUAUCUCUCGGAAGACCGCUUUUAAUUGAGGAUGUAGGCGUCGAACUCGAUCCAGUUAUUGAUAAUGUUUUAGAAAAGAAUUUCAUUAAAUCUGGUUCUAUUGAAAAGGUUAUAGUUGGUGAUAAGGAAUGUGAUGUCAUGCCAGGUUUUAUGCUUUAUAUUACAACAAAAUUGCCAAAUCCCGCUUACUCGCCAGAAAUUAGUGCAAAAACAUCAAUUAUAGAUUUCACAGUCACCAUGCAGGGUUUGGAGGACCAAUUGUUAGGACGAGUCAUACUGAUGGAAAAAUCAGAUUUGGAAGAAGAGCGUGUUGCUCUCUUUGAAUCAGUGAUGAAAAAUCAAAGAAGUAUGAAAGAGUUGGAAAGCAAUUUGCUAUGUCGACUUACAUCAUCAGAAGGAUCACUAGUAGAUGAUGAAGCGUUAAUUCAAGUGUUACAGAUAACUAAAACCACCGCUGAAGAAGUUAAUGAAAAGUUAAUUGUAGCUGAAGUAACUGAAAAGAAAAUCAUUAAAGCUAGAGAAGAAUUUAGGGCGGUAGCUGCGAGAGGCUCCAUUUUAUACUUUUUGAUUGUUGAAAUGAGCGAUGUAAACAUUAUGUAUCAAAAUUCUUUAAAGCAAUUCCUGAACAUAUUCGAUAAUUCUAUCACUAAAUCAACAAAAAGUAACAUUACCGAAGAAAGAAUAAACUUGAUACUAAAAUACCUUACUCAUGAAGUAUGGGCCUUCACUUUGCGAAGUUUAUACGAGAGACACAAGGCUUUGUUUACUUUGAUGUUAGCUAUGAAAAUAGAUUGCCAUCGAGGUCUUAUAUCACAUGAUGAAUUCAUGGCUUUCGUCAAGGGUGGCGCAUCACUCGACUUGAAUGCUGUCACUCCGAAGCCAUUUAGAUGGAUUCUGGACAUAACCUGGCUUAAUUUAGUUGAGAUCAGUAAAUUAAAAAUAUUUUCAGACGUUCUUCAAAAAAUAGCAACAAAUGAAAAGGAGUGGCGAGUGUGGUAUGAAAAGGCAAAACCUGAAGAAGAAAUGAUUCCAUCAGGUUACAACGAAAGUCUCGAUGUUUUUCGUAAACUACUGCUAAUAAGGUCGUGGAGUCCUGAUAGAACUUUGUCACAAGCGCGAAAGUAUAUCGUUGAUUCGCUUGGUGCUGAAUACGGAGAAGGGCGUAUACUAAACCUCGAAAGUACUUGGCAGGAGUCCGAACCUCGGACACCGCUCAUUUGUAUUCUCUCAAUCGGAUCUGAUCCUUCCGCCCAAAUUGCAACAUUGGCUAAAUCAAAAGAUAUAGUUUUAAAAGCCGUCUCAAUGGGUCAGGGCCAAGAAAUCGUAGCCCGUAAGAUGAUUUCUGACUCGAUGAGUGAAGGAGGCUGGGUAUUACUGCAAAAUAUCCACUUGUCUCUACCGUUUUGCGUUGAAGCCAUGGAUGCCCUUAUUGAAACUGAACAUAUUCAAGAGUCUUUCCGACUUUGGCUUACAACUGAAGUACAUACAGAUUUUCCUAUAGGUUUGUUGCAGAUGGCAAUCAAAUUUACUAACGAACCACCGCAAGGUAUCCGAGCCAGUAUGAAAAGAACGUAUCAAAAUAUCACCCAAGAUACGUUAGACUAUUCUUCACUGUCGCAAUGGCCUCCACUCCUCUAUGCCGUUGCAUUUUUGCAUACCAUCGUACAAGAACGAAGAAAAUUUGGACCUUUGGGAUGGAAUAUUCCAUAUGAGUUCAAUCAAGCAGAUUAUGCUGCGAGCGUUCAAUUUAUUCAGAAUCAUUUGGAUGAAAUUGACCCAAAGAAAGGAAUUUCAUGGCCUACUAUAUGUUACAUGCUUGGAGAGGUGCAAUACGGGGGUCGGGUGACAGAUGAUUUCGACAAACGUUUACUGACCACAUUUACCAAUGUAUGGUUUUGCGACGUUCUUCUAAGACCAGGUUUUGAAUUCUACAAAGGUUACAAAGUUCCACAAACGAGGAACAUACAAGGAUACGUAGAUUACAUAAAUCAAUUGCCUUUGACUGACACUCCUGAAGUAUUUGGAUUGCAUGGUAACGCAGACAUCACGUAUCAGAUAAACAGCGCUAAAGACAUUUUGGAUACUAUACUUAGUGUUCAACCUAAAGAAGGCGGUAGUCAGGGCGGAGAAACCAGAGAAAGUAUCGUAUAUCGAUUAGCUGAAGAUAUGUUAGAAAAACUACCGAAACAGUAUGUUACUUUCGAAGUACGAGAAGCUCUACAAAAGAUGGGCGCAUUUUUACCAAUGAAUAUAUUCUUAAGACAAGAGAUAGACAGAAUUCAGCGCGUUAUUAAAACCGUAUUCACCACUUUGUGUGAUUUGAAGUUAGCAAUUGAAGGUACAAUCGUGAUGAGCCAAGGGCUACGAGAAUCUUUGGAUGCUAUGUAUGAUGCAAGAAUACCCAGUCAAUGGUUAAAGGUAUCAUGGGAAUCAGCAACCUUAGGAUUUUGGUACACUGAGCUUUUGGAACGGGAGCAACAAUAUAGAGCGUGGCUGAAAAAUGGCAGACCCCAUACAUUUUGGAUGACAGGCUUCUUUAAUCCACAAGGAUUUUUAACAGCUAUGAGACAGGAAGUAACAAGGAGUCAUAAAGGAUGGGCCUUAGAUUCGGUUGUCCUGCAGAAUCAUAUAACGAAGCUAAAUCGUGAGGACGUACACGAGGGACCGUCAGAAGGUGUUUAUGUUUACGGCUUAUUCCUAGAAGGCGCAUCCCUUGAUCGAAAAACUGGCAAACUUAUCGAAUCCAAGCCCAAAGUUCUUUACGAGCAAAUGCCAGUGAUUUAUAUAUUCGCUAUAAACACAACCGCCGGUAAAGAUCCUAGAUUAUACGAGUGCCCUAUCUACAGAAAACCUCAAAGAACCGACGCAAAGUACGUGGGCUCCAUCGACUUUGAAACCGACAGCAAUCCCCGACAUUGGACCUUACGAGGCGUAGCCCUCCUUUGCGACAUAAAAUAA